UUUCUGGCUAAGAUGGAGCAGAGAGAUCCGGCGUCGUUCUCAUCAAAGGAGAAGUACCUCGUCAAGAAGCACAAGCAUGACGUAGCUAGAUUUGAAAGAAUCUAUGGUCCUGUUAGUGUUGUCUUGGGGUGGCCUUCUAAGGAACGGCAAGCAGGUAAUGAUGAUGGCCAGGUAUGCACUCACAAGGGUGUGGGGCCUUCAACAUCGGCUGCUUGUCGUGACGAAAACAAAAAGGUAGAUGGUGUUGUUGCUGCCGGAGCGCUCAGGGCCUCGGCGGGAGCUGCAGGUGGCAGCAAAACAUCACCCAAAGUGGUUCCAGGGGCGAAGAGGGAAGGGAAACCUCCAGCUGCUUCUCCUAAGGGUCCUCAAAAGGGGGCCAUUAGGAGAACCGUGUCUGGAGGUGGCCAGAACUCCAAGCUAAAGGGGCCCAGAAAAUCUUCGUCGCUGAGUACGGCUGGUAGAAACCCGGCUAGCACCUCUAAUGAGCCUCAAAAGGGGACCAUUAAAAGAGCUAGAUCUGGGGAUGAUCAGCCGACCUCAUCAACGAAGAAGAUGAAGAAAUCCACGAGCCUGGAUGGAAACUUUCGACCGGCUGUUAUAGAUCGGUCUGAUCCGGAUGGGAAGAUCAGUCCCGAGCUUUGGCAGCUGGUCGAGGGCAGGUUCCUGGACGAAAUCGCUGCAUACAGUGGUAGCCCAGAUGACGUAUCCUUCAAGGGUGCAGACUGGACUAGGGGCAUCAAGAUUGUCAACUGUGGCAAUAAAAAUUCCUUUGAAUUUUUAAGGGUUUGUGGAUUAGCGAUCACGGGAUAUACUUUGUUCGUCCCGUCCACUGAGGAUAAGGAGCGGUGAUCUAACCGUUAUAAACAGAGAGGUCAAGGGUGAGCGGUUGCUCUCGGUGGCCUCAGUGUAUAUGCCGUAUGAAGCUAUAGAGCCGCCUGGAGUAGAGGUGAUGGAGCUGACGGCGUAUGCAAAGCGGAAGGGCGCUAUCCUGUUACUAGGCUGUGAUGCAAA